UGGCUGCAGGGCCGCCCAGGGUACCGGAAGUGGCCGCUGCCCGUCGCCCGUGACGCCGAGGCCACAGCUGCUGGACCGGGAGCGGCCCUGAGAGCCCGUGGCGGAUGGUGAGAUGGGGACUGAGGACAAGAAGGCGAUUCCCAAGGAAGAGAGUCCUGAAGAAUACGAGCCACGUGGGUCAGUGUUAGAGAAAGUCCCCGAGGCGGUUUACCCACAUCGCAGGUUGGUAGCAGCCUGUGAUGAAGACGUAGCAGAAGGGCAUCUGAGAGAGUCCCCGGAAGAGGGGAUGGAGCAGACGUCUCCCCGUAGCGGAGACUUUGCAUCAGGGUUGGUUGUCUUUAAGAAAUCACCCUCCAGUGAGCAUCAUGAGAGUGAGGGAGGCUGCAGUCCCUGCCCCAGCCUGGUGAUGCAUCAGGGAGCUGCGCUAGCAGAGGGAGCUGGGACAUUGGUUCCCCCUAGCCCAGACUUCAUAGGGAAUUUAGAAUGCAGCAAAACACCAAGAAGUUCUGUGGGAGAAAAGCCCCAUACAUGCAAAGAAUGCGGGAAAGCCUUUAAUCAGAACUCACACCUCAUCCAGCACAUGAGGGUUCACAGCGGAGAAAAACCGUUUGAAUGCAAAGAAUGUGGAAAGACCUUUGGCACGAACUCAAGCCUUCGCAGGCACUUGAGGAUUCACGCUGGAGAGAAGCCCUUUGCGUGUAACGAAUGCGGGAAGGCCUUCAUUCAGAGCUCCCAUCUCAUCCACCACCACAGAAUUCAUACUGGAGAGAGACCCUAUAAGUGUGAAGAGUGUGGCAAGGCUUUCAGUCAGAAUUCAGCCCUGAUUCUGCACCAGAGAAUCCACACCGGCGAGAAGCCUUACGAAUGUAACGAAUGUGGGAAGACCUUCCGGGUCAGCUCCCAGCUCAUCCAGCACCAGAGGAUCCACACGGAGGAAAGGUACCACGAGUGCAACGAGUGCGGCAAGGCCUUCAAGCACAGCUCGGGCCUCAUCCGACACCAGAAAAUUCACACUGGGGAAAAGCCCUAUCUGUGCAGCGAAUGCGGGAAAGGCUUCGGCCAGAGCUCGGAGCUGAUCCGGCACCAGAGGAUUCACACGGGGGAUAAACCCUACGAGUGCAAUGAGUGCGGGAAAACCUUCGGCCAGAACUCGGAGAUUAUUCGCCAUAUUAGGAUCCACACUGGCGAGAAGCCCUAUGUGUGUAAGGAGUGCGGGAAGGCCUUUCGGGGGAACUCAGAACUUCUGAGACACGAGCGAAUUCACACCGGGGAGAAGCCCUAUGAGUGCUUUGAGUGUGGAAAGGCCUUCAGGCGGACCUCCCACCUCAUCGUCCACCAGAGGAUUCACACGGGAGAGAAGCCCCACCAGUGUAACGAAUGUGCCAGAACCUUCUGGGAUAACGCCGAGCUGCUCCUCCAUCAGAAAAUUCACAUCGGAGAGAAACCUUAUGAAUGCAGCGAAUGCGAGAAAACGUUCAGUCAGCAUUCCCAGCUGAUCAUCCAUCAGAGAACCCACACGGGCGAGAAACCUUACGAGUGCCAAGAGUGUCAGAAGACCUUCAGCCGCAGCUCUCACCUCCUCCGGCAUCAGAGUGUUCACUGCAUGGAAUGAUCUGUGAGAGAGGAGAGCUGCUCGUGGGAAGGCUGGAGUCACGCUUAACUCACUUGUUUGGAAUGCCGUGAAUAGACAGAACUUCCUCUCUCCUGCCGUUGAAUUUAUUAUUAUUAUUAUGUUAUUAUUGUUAUUAUUAUUUUAAACCAUUGGUCCCAAAGUGUGAGGCACUUUUAUCAACCAUUCACCCAAAAGUUUCAAUGUACCGAGUUAAUUCAUAAAAACUGUUUGAAGCCUUAA